CUACAAAAGAAAACAUGUUGGGACUAGAAUUGAAAAAAAAAUCAGCUAUACAUAAGAACCAAAAUGUAAUUUAUAUACUUCUUUUUAUACAAACAACACUUAAUAUUAAUUGUGAAUUGGUAAUCUUGAACUCAUUUACAGGAGUUGUAAUAGCCUUGACCGGAUUUGUACUCAUGAUGCUUGUAGUGUGUAAUGGCACAAACAAUCAAACUAAUUUGGUCAGUUUCAGAAGUGGGAAUACUAUUGUUGCUGAGCUACAUGGUGAAGUUGGGUGGCCAGCAUCUUCUAGCUAUGGUGAACCAAAAUACACUCAAGGAGAAAACAUCUAGUGGUAUGCAGGGUGUAAACAACAAAUGGUGCACACUUCUUCACCUUCUUGGCUGUUGUCUUCUUUCACAAGCACAUCUUCAAUCAUCAUGGGGUUCUACUAAAAAGA